AUGCGUUCAACCGCGCUCUGCUCGACUUGCUCAUCGUGUCUUCCACCCAAAGCUAGUCCAGACUUAUUUAUAACCGAAUGCUGCGCUCGUCCCAUCUGUCCAACCUGUAUCAGCUCAAACCCUCGCCUGAGGAGCUAUAACCCCUGCUUAUCUUGUUUGGGCGGCGUGGGCGUGGUUAGCUCUUUCCUGCGGAACGUCCGCGCCACGAAUAAUGACACAGUGCGGGAUGAAGAUAUAUUUAUUCUGGGUGACGAUGAAGAUGAUGAAGACCAAGCUCUCGAGCUUGCCUUAGUGUCCCCGACCCCCGAACCCGCUCCGCCUGUACAUCCAUUAGCGUCUUCAUCAUCAUCCAGCCUAACCAGUGGAUCAAUACUUAUCACGCAGACUAGCGGUGCAUCCGCAGGACAUGCGGAGGUCGCAGUCACGGGCGAGCAAUGUACCCCCUCUAGAUAUUACAUCAAUCCUAGAGACACACUACAGGGGAUCGCUCUCCGUUAUGGAGUUAAUGGCCGGGAAUUAUGCCGUUUGAAUAACCUGCCCCCAAGCACCCUUUCUACCACCCCUCAUCUACUCCAUACCCGAACUUUUGUUGUGCUCACACCCUCCGCCAAGUCGCUCUCCAUUACGCGGGAUGCGGACGCGGACGCAGGAGCAAGGCGCGUUCGCGAGAAAGCCGAGAAGCGUUUGCAAAUGCUGACGAAAGAGGUAGACUGGCGCGUGGCGAAAGCAUAUGUGGCUCUGGCCGAUGAUCCUGAAGAAGAAGUCAUCUAUGGCUUUAAGUACAAAGAAACUGGCGGCAAUGGUGCCAACACCUUGGAAGCACGUGCGGCUGAUCAGUACUUGGAAGAUCAGGAAUGGGAAGAGGAACAGAGGAGAGCUGGCAAGCGCAUCUCGUUAAAAUCGCUAGCACCGCUUCGAGGCAAAGUUGUCGCAUAG